AUGUAUUCCCAAUCCCUUGACUUUGUUGACGAAGCCUCACGACGGGAGAAAUGCUUCACCACCAUCACCCAGCUCCCCGCAUUGGUCGAUCCAAAGCAGAUCGCAAGUAGAAAAUCGCCCUUCUCUGCCAUCCUCAGCCACCCCUUUGUGCAUACGGUCGAAGUGAUCCUGCCAAAAGAUGUCUAUGACCGUAGCCAGAAGUCGCUGGAUGCCGAAUUAGAAAAACCUCAAUGUGCUCAGGUUUUCAUGUACCCAUCUGAUAUUCUCGAGCACGACUUCUUCAACACAUAUAUCAAAGCUGGAAACAUCCUCUUGAUAUCUGAAGGGAAAUCAGGCUCUGAUACUGUGUUCACUUUGCGAGACGGCCUGCUUAGGAUAGAAACUGGCAAGGAGAUUUAUGAACGCACUGGGCUUUCGGGUAGACCAAUUCGAAGUGGUGGCCGGAAGCAUAUCAAGGAAAGAUUUGUCAUUGAGCUCAACUUACGACUACCAUCAAUGUUGCAUGGAAAGAAAGGUUUUGACCGCAUUGUUUGGUCAUUUAAGAAUGUCCUCAAUGAGUCUCGGUCAUGGCUAUUCAGUGAUCUAGAAUCUACGCCGGAGCAAAACAAAGAUACUAAGCCCGUUCAGAAACAUUCUCCCAAGUGGCUCGAUUGCGCCCCUUGCCAAAAUAGUCUCGGCAAAAUCAUAGUUCCACACUUAUCAGGCUUAGUAUCAAAAGACAUGCCCGAGGUUGAGAUACAAGAGGCUUGCGGUUCAAUUUCUGAAUGGAUUGCCUUGGUUCAAAUGCGAUCGCCUCGCGUCUCUUCUGAUGAUGAUAUUGAUCCAUUUCUCAGUCGCUAUAGUGUUCCGGACUCGGGCGAAACAAGCGUCACUGAGUUGAUCAGCAUAAAAUGGCAAGGUCUCAUCUCUCCGAAGUGGACUAUACAGUUGUUUUCGUCUUUGCUGUAA